AUGGAAAUGCGGCAUUGGCUUCUAUUGGCCACUUUAGAGUCAGGACACAUUGGACCGCUUGUUGUUGCCCUUGUCCGUCUUCUCUUCUUCUUUUCCCUUCCUUCUGACUGCUUCUUUGGGUCAUUUUCGGUGGUGUGGAACACGUCCCGCAAUGGGCGAAACGCGGAGGAGUUCGAGAUGUUCAAGGGUUUGGGUUUGCGUGGUGUUUGGAGAGAUGGGGGAUGGGGUCCGGGUGCCAAAGGCCACGCACGCACGCACGCAUGCACGGAUGCACCCGCCGAAGCAGAUAACCCUCCAUGGCGUAUGUUGCGGUGCUAG